UCAGGAGGAGAACUGUGUAGAGGUGUCAGUGGAACUUGGAGCAACACACACUAUCUUAAAAUAUAUUCAAAUGGAGCUAUCAAGCGGCGGAGGAUAUUGGAAAAAUAUGCUCAUAUGUGGGACGCUGUUGGUCCUGGCCGCCAGGGGCCUCGCGGGACCCAUCGACGAGAACGACUUCGAAAUCGGCACCGAGGGCAAGUGCAACGAGGGAUGGGAGCUGUGUCCGACGGCCCCCGACCGCUGCAUCCCCUCCGGCUGCAUGGACUACUCUCGCCUCGUGUUCCCGACGCGGACGUGCGGGAUCGGCAUGGCCAAGUGCCUCGACAUGAACAUCUGCGUCAUCCCGUGCCCGCCCAACAGCGCCCUCCACAACCCCUCCAGCGCCCUCAUGCCGGCCCUCUGCGUCGAUGGGAAGAUGUAUUGUCCCAGCACGGGGACCUGUGGCACGCACGAGGAAUGCACCAUGGGCAAGCCAGGGGAAACGCCCAUAUGCAACUUCGGGUACCAGUACUGCCUGAUAAUGGGGGGCUGCGUGCCCAAGGGGGGCUGCCCCGACGAUGACGCCUUCAUGACGUCAGAACUAACCACCUGUCCCUACGGCCAGGUAUACUGCCUCGCCACCGGCACAUGUGUGGAAGACGGCGCCUGCGGAAGACCUGUGGGAGCCGCCGAGGGCUCGCCUGACCUCGUGUGCCCGCCGAACAAGGUGUUCUGCCUCUCCAGCGGGACCUGCAAGGAAGCAGGGGCCUGUGGAGGACGCCCCCCUGAGUCAAUGGCUACUAUGUGCCCCCGGGGGUACGUGUACUGCCUGGAAAGGGGAGAGUGUGUCAGCGCGCACAGAGGGUGUAAUUGGGAUUCUAGGAACUGCCCGGCAGGUGAAGUUUUCUCGCUGAAGACGGGCUCGUGCGUGGGAGACAACGGCGGCAGUAUUGACGACUAUGACUGGCUGCCGGACGCGAAGUGCCCCGACUCCUCACGGGGGAACCGCGCGCCCUUCACCCACUCGACUUGCUUCACCCCCCUUCACUGCCCCUUCAAUCACUCUUGCUGCCCGGACCCUGAGAAACUGCACCUACAAUGCGUGACUCCCGACGGCGUCUCGAACCCGCAGGCUAUCAACAUCUCCUGUCUGCAACUGGAGAGCAAGCGGCACAAUACCGGAAUCAACUGCACGGUGCCCGAGGACUGCCCUGUCGCCUCGGUGUGCUGCGGAGGACAGUGCAAGUCGUCGAGGGGCGUGGAGACUUGCCCGCCGGGGACGCUGUACUGCAACCUGACGAAGAAAUGCACGAGGUUAGGGGAGCGGUGUGCGCGUGUGUGUGCAGCGGGCCAGUUCUACUGCGUGUCGACUGACGAGUGUGGACCCGAAUCGGCUUGCGAAUUCGAUGUGACCGGCGGCGCUCCGUGGACGCUCCCGGGUCCUCUCAUGCUGGCCGGCUCGGGCGACGCGCCGCCGGGCGAGGGCGUCCAGCUCUCGGAGGCCUUCAACUUCGCCGAGAAGGGGCCGCAGACCGUGGUGGGGGUGACUGCCCAGAUGCAGUUCAGGGUGGUCGAGGCGACGACGACGCACGGCCAGUGGUCGUACCGGCGCUACGCAAACGAGGCGUGGACCGACGUGGUCCCUGGCGAGGCCACCCUCACGCCCUCGCACUUCCUCAGGUUCACGCCCAACAAGGCGGCUUUUGCCUUCGGGCUCGACUACUUGGUUCUCCGGGAUGCGUCCAAUACGAAAGUGAACAGAACGGUGGUGCAGCUGGUCGCUCCCGACCCCCCCGGCUUCGUCCUGCAGCAGGUGGACAGCAGCCUCACGACCCCCGAGGACGUCCACCUCACCAUGAUGCUCGGCGAACUCGUCAGGAUCUCGACGGAGGACGAACUGUACUGGAACGCUUGGAACAUGGCUAUUGAGUUGCCGAAGGCCGCUAGCAAAAGAGGCCUCUUAGACAUCGGCCAUCCCUCCGUGGCCUCUUGGGUCACCAUGCUGCUUCGCCCUGACCUUCACAUCGGGGGGAUGGCGCCGCCGGGGAAAGGCAAGGCCGGGGCGAGGGAGAGGGGCGUCACCUUCGCCUUGUCAAGGCCUAAUGGCGCUACAGACUCCCUGGCGAACUUUGCUUUCUCGCGGGAUCUCGGACAGACAUGGGAGACGAGCAAUCUCGUGUCUUCCUUCGACUUCGCCCUCGACUCGUCCGAAACGGCGGCUCUGGCUGUCGUCAAGAUCAUCCCUGCUCCGAACAAGGCGGGCAACAUGACGCUCCACUUGACCCCUUACUCCAGGGUCAUCGGAAGUAGCGAACCGAAAGCCAGGACGAGGAUUAAGAGCGAACGGUUAAUUUCGGGACGAGUGGGUGAAGAGAAAAGCAAUGAAGUGAAGAUCUCACUAGAGAUCAAGCCCGUGAACGACCUGCCGGUGCCCAAGACGAGCGCUGACCUGACCCAAGUGCCAAUGCUUGACCCCGCUAUGCCCACGAGAGCCACCACGGCCCAGGAGUACGCCAGACUCUUCUUCAGGGACGUCGACGGGACUGAGAUGGGCAUGGCGAUUUACCAAGCCUCGGGCGGAUCCCUGGGCUGGUGGGAAUACUCACUCGACGGAGGAGCUACCUACAUCAAGAUAUCGGAUCUGACGGCGAAUCCUCUUCCCAAGUACCUCAAGCUAGGCACCUCUUUCUCCGGCGUUGUGAACUUCGAAGAUGCUCUGAAGAAACUGGAAUGCGACAUCAAGAAUGCACUGAAGAACCCCACCAUCCUGGCCGCCAUGAUGAGCUCUGGAACCGAGACGUGUCUGAACGGCGCCGAGAAUACGAGGAGGAAGCGGAGCAGCGUCGAGGAAGGUCGAGGGAACGAGGACAGCUCUCUGUCGCGGAGGAUCGCGCGCCAGACGCAGGGAGGACAGGCUGUCUUCAACGGCUUCGGGUCCGGGAGCCCCAAUUUCACUACGGAAUGCCCUACGGUAUUAGCAUACAUGUUGCCGGGGGAGGCGCUCCUCAGGUUCCGGCCAAUGAGCAACUCGACGUGGGGCAAGGCCGACGCCCUACGAGAGACCCGCCUGGUGUUCGGGGCGUGGGACCAGCAGGAGGAACAGCAUGAGCAGCCUCACAGGCAGACAACUACGGGCCAAGUCUCCAGAAUGAACAUCACGAUUCCCAACUGCUUAUGGGAGUGCGAGUGCGUGCGCAGCGUGUCCUCCUCGCCCGUCGUCGUCGCCGCCGAGUGGUCCGACUGCGGCGGCGGCGCGGUGGUCACCGGCGAGCCCAAGUUGGUCGACACGUGCGGCGUCUGCGGCGGCGUCGGCCUCUCCUGCCUCGACUGCCAGAAAGUCGUUCACGGAAAGGCCAAGAUGGAGUGCGGCGAGUGCGUCGGAGGCAAGACGGGCAAGACAGCGAAGCGGGACUGCGCGGGGAGGUGCGGCGAGGAGAACGAACUGCGCAGGGUCGGCCAGCGCGAAAUGUGCCUGCCGAAGGGCCAAGCCGACCCCCUGCCCUGCGACAAUCAGACCGACUCGGGCGCCUUCAUUAACGCGUGCGGCAAGUGCGUGGGCGGCACCACAGGGCUUGGCGCCGACGAGGGCAAGGACCGGUGCGGCGCGUGCGGGGGCGAUGACUCCUGCGUCGGCUGCGAUGGCGUGGCCAACUCCGGCGCCGUCCGCGACCUGUGCGGAGAGUGCCUGGUCCCCGGCGACCCCAAUUUCAACGACUGCCAAGCCAUCGGCAAAGUCCAGCCUCUGAUGCUAGACUCCGCCUUCGCCUCCCUCCUGGACCCCGCCGACCGAGGUACCGAGGAAGAGGCGAGAAUCUUACAGAGGCUGACACUCUCCGCCGAAAUCACGGGCGUCAACACGAUAAAACACAAAGCUGAAUCUUGCACGCUCACUACCGCAGAAAAAACAAUCAGCGCGCAGAACAUUAUUUUCCGUGACACGAAGUUAAAAGCGACCUUCAGGAGGCUGGAGCCCGGCACGUGGACCUUCGCCUGCGCCUUCAGGGCCAAGAAAUCCAAGGGCAACAAGAAUCCUGAACUCAUCGAACUCAUAGCCAAUGACGAGAUCGAAGUUGUGGACUCCACGGAAUCUUCGUUCGAUCUGCCCAUCACAGGAAUCGACCCUUCCUCCUCGCGGUCGCUCGAGCUCAGGGUGAAGGACGGCGUUCCGCUGGGGGGAGUCACCGCCUUUCUCUUGUAUCAGUACACUUCGGAUGGUGCGGCAACACGACGAAGGAAGCGCUCCAUCCCCCCCAGCCAGCUCUCCAGCCUGGUCGUGGAGCUUCCGACGGAGCCUUCGGGAGAGUCCACCGUCACCGCCACCCUGCCCGACGACCUCCGCCCCGGCAAGCCUUUCCUCGGCGUUGCCUCCACUCCGGAAAUCCUUGAGAUGGUUAAAAUCGGCAAAAUCGACCUCCCCAUGCAGAGCGUGACCAUCACGGCCCCAGCGCCCUCCGUCAGGAGCGCGAACCUGAGCGCCGACGGGAGGGUCCUCGUGGUGGAGUUCGACCUCAACGUGGAGUCGGACGCUGAGUGCCGCGACCUCAUAGACUGGCCGUGGCUCGACUCCAGCCGAAAGUCCCCCCCUCCGGAGUGCCGCUUCCGGGCAGCCACGCUGACCGUGCACCUGGGAACGGGAAUCGCCGUCGAGCCCAAUUCCAGCCUCGCAUUCCGGGCGAACAACGGCAUCAGGAGAGCCUUCGGGGACGCGAGCACUGCGCCGGAAGCCUCAGGGAGCUUCGUGGCCUGGCGCUUUGGACCCCCGGCACGUCUGAAGUUCCAGUUAACAGGCGAUGGUCAAACUUGCAAUGCUAGCAACGUGCAAGCAACUGUGAGCAACAUCUGGGGCGCGCUGAUCUCUGACGUCACGGUGGUGUGGAACGUGACGUGGGAACCCGGACGUAAACAAUGGAGUCAGUUAGAGACACUCCUGACGUGGGAGAGCGUGGAGACCAUCAAGGCUGCGAUGGUCACGGAGAAGACGGGCAGCGGGGAGACCCUGUCGGUCACCGGGGCUCUGUUCCGUCCGGGGAUCGAGUACCUGAUCGUCGCACAGCUGGAGACGUCAGGGGGCGUGUCAAGCGAAGCGAAGGGCGUGACGGUGAAGAGCAUGGCCAUCGGCGAGGCUAUCAAGGUCAGAGUGAAGGGCCCGAGGGAGGUUUACGCCGACAAGACGUACAAGUACAUCGCCUCGCCGAUCCUGUGCUCAGAGACGGAGUCCAUUGAAGAUCUGAAUCUGAAGUACUACUGGAGUUUGGACGUGGAGGGAGCCAGCCUGUCGCACGAGGAAGGCCAGAUGGCUACCAUCCCCGCUGGCAUCUUGCAAGGCGGAAGAACCUCCAUUCUCACUGUCAAGGUUAUUGCCGACGACCCGGAGAUCAUGGGCACUGGCCAGGCGGAGCUGACUGUGCUACCUCAGGGCAUCGAGGUGAUUGUGGCCGCCGACUCCCUCAGGAUCGGCGCUACGGCUCCUCUCACGCUCGACGCUUCGGGAUCCAAGGACUUGGAUAAUCUGCCGGGCGAUUUCAACUUUAGGUGGAGUUGCAUGACCGCAACAGACCUCGGGUGCUUUGUGCAGGUGGACGGCCAGCUGACUCGGUUCGAGACCCACAUUUCCGAGGCCGAUUUGUCGUCGUCCGUCUUGGUCGUCCCGCCUGAGACCCUUCCGGUUGGCAAAUAUAAGAUGACUGUGGAAGUUUGGAAAGAGGAAGUGGUCAGCAGGAGGUCAGUUCAGGUGGAGAUAGCAGCAGGUGCGCUGCCUGACAUCAUCAUCGAGAAACCGGACAGUGUAGUGUUGGCAGACGAGAGACUGUACGUUCGGGCGUGGGUGACGGGCGUGGCUGACCUUGUGGCUUGGUGGGAGGUGGUACAGGAACCCGGCUUCUCCUUCGUCGACAUUUCCCAGCUGCCGGCGGGGGCGAAGAUGACCCUCAAGGGUACUUCCAACCGCCGACCCUAUGACCUCGUCCUGCCCAAGGAGAGGAGCGAGAACUUCGUAGGGCUGGAAGACGGGACUUCGUACAAGUUUAGGCUCACUGUGGAAACGCCUCUUGGACACUAUGGCCUGGCCGAGGUCAUCCUUACGACCAACAACCCGCCGAUUGCCGGGUCGUUUGAGGUGACGCCGAGCAGUGGAGAAGCUCUGGUGACCUACUUCCAGUUCAGCGUCGCCGGCUGGAGCGAAGUGCCUGAGGACCUCCCGCUUACCACGUCCUUCGGGUACCGGUUGGGAGCCUCCGAGACCAUCACGUGGGCCUUCACUACCACCGACGAGGACCCUACGGCCGAGAUCGUUCUCCCUGGAGAAGGCACCACUACGCUGGUGACGCCCCUGGCCAAGGCAUGCGACACCAACGGCGGCUGCACGGUGGUGGAGGGCAGCGCCGUCACCGUCACCCUCGCCGACGCCCUCUCCAUCGAGGUGUUCGGCGCCCUGAGCCAGCAGUUCACGAACGGUCUCGGCGAGGACGACACGAGCUCCGCGGCGCUGGAUAUCGGGCGGGGCGUCGUCGGCACGUUGGACGCCAUGGGGUCUGACGCGCAGAAGAGCACCUUCACGGUCCUGGCCGACUUGGGGAUUCAGGAGAAGGUGGCCAAUCUCCUGAACAGGAACGCGGACGCUCGCCGGGACUCCUUUGACAUGGUGAGCAGCAUCCUCGACCUGGCCGAGGAGGCGGCGCUCAACGGGGACACCAUCAACGACAUCCUGGCUCUGACGCGGCAGUUGAUAGCUGACAUCCUGCGGACUCCGGUGCGGCUAGACGAGGACCUGGCCUUCCAGUCCAAAGACCAGCUGGUUGUGGAGGCCAUACCGACCGACGGCCGCGUCUACUACCCCGGCACGGACUCAGACUUGACGGCCGUCAGGUACAGACCCAACUCCAGGUUCAGCGAGGCUCAAGCUCUCCACAGGAAGAACGACGGCAGUGGCCACAGAAGGCUAAAGAGACAAGCCAUCAGCAACGACACUGAACAGCAGCCUCUCACAGUAGAACAGGUGCUGACCGGGCUGAGGGUGACAGAGAAGGCGUUUGUCGAGGCUGACACGGAAGGCACCAAAACGGCAAGGAUGGAUGAACUGCUAAAGACCAUUCCAGGGUACCUUUCGGGCCUGUGCGUGGGCAUGAGCAACCAGGACAUCCCGAAGAACGUCCUGGGCACGCUGGUCGGGCUCACCGUGGUCAAGUCAGCGCUGGUGAACGAGGCUGACACCAAGUUCGUCAUCGCCGACAGCACAGUCAAUAAGGAUGACUUUUUGAAGAACGAUAGUGAUAUCACGUGGGGCGUCCUCCUGGACUCGUACACGGAGUGGAGCUGCGGCAGGAAGGGAGCCGAGGGCGAGGACCUUGCGUGCUACGGGGCGUGUCUUGGGACGGUGCAGUACAAGGACGACUUCCUCUCGCCGGUGUUUGGCGUCGAGCCGCCGGGAGAUUUUAGAGGCACCGUAGUGCAAGGAGUGCUCAUGAACCCCGUCACAGGAGUGGAGAUUCCCCUGGACAAUGUUCCGGAGAAGAUCCAGAUCAACAUGGUUAUCGAAAACUACACAGUUCCUGAAGGAAAACGCCUGAAGUGCUACGCUUGGGACGGUGAGGGUUGGAAUGGAAGACUCUGCGGCACGGGGAAAAUGCGUGAAAAUGGCGAGGUGCGGCUCCAGCGCUGCAACUGCAACAAAGGCUACUACAUUGCCGUGUUCCUGAUAACGAGCAAACCUGGCCAAGAGGAGCCUUCCACAACCACGAUGGAGAUACCGACGGCUGUUGAUAUCACCGAAGCCCCUGGAACGGACGCCUCGGAGAUCAGAUACAAGAACGUCAAAUUCAAGAUCCAAGGCAACUACAGCGUGAUCGUAGGAGACCGGAAGGACGAAUUCGAGAAGAACCUGACUCAGCAACUGGCCGCGCAACUCCAGUGUACAGUGCUGUGCAUCCAAAACCUCACUGUCAGUCCAGGGAGCGUCUUGGUCGAGUUCUUCCUGCAGGAGGACGGGCAGCGAAUGGGCUCUUCCAAAUCCACGGAGGAGCUGUACAUGGAACUCUACGCGAUGAUCCAAAACGGGGAGCUGGAGCUAAAGGGACCGAAGAGCGAAGACCUGUUCGUGCCCCCGCAAGAGCUGGAUGGGACGGGCCCUGCGGUGUUGGAGAAAAAGGAUCCCACGCUGAUCCCAAUCAUCAUCGGCUCGGUCGUGGGAGGCCUGGUGCUCAUUGUCCUGGUGUUCAUCUGCGUCGCCAUCUAUAUGAAAGCCAAGAAGCGAGGCGACAAAGUGCAGUCAUUGCAGACCCUGGGAUCUCAACCUCCAACUUACAGCUCUAUACACUUCGAGAAUUCCUUGGAUGGCACCGCGAUGUCCAUGUCCAAGCGCCGGAAUAACCAGUCGGGAAGCCUCUCCUCCGGGGGCGCCUACUCUGACGAGGGAAUCUACAUCGAGCGCCGGUCCACCGCCAGUGGCAGCAGGGGCGGCUCGGGAGGGUCUGUGGGCGGCUCAAGCGUGGACUCGGGCACGGGCGGCGAGGUCCCCGAACCCUUCAAGUACCAGAGCCCGACGAAGGAGGAGCUGGAGCGCUCGGGCCCCAUCCCGGAGCACAUCAUCAAGAAGAUAAAGGAGAAUGAGGAGGAGGUCCUUCCAGGAACACCUGCAGGUCUGGAGUAACACACGAGAACAACGCGAAGGUUUGACGUCAUCUUGGUAGAUUGACGUCACCCGAGCUGUAUAAUGUUAAUAGGGAAAGAUCCAGCUUCAAAAAGAGAGAGAGAAAAGAAAAGAAAAGAGAGAGAGAAUAAAAGGGAAAAUCUAUAAAUUAUUAACUUCGGCAUUUCAUCUGAAACAAAAUUUUCACGAUAAAUCUUGAAUUCAGUUUUCAUUCAGGUUAUAACAAAGUUUACAGGGAUAUAGGGGAAAUGUAAUAAACUAGGAGACCUUCUGUGUCAUUGAAAGUGGGAAAACAAAAAGAGAAAACUAGAACAUCACUAGGACGCCAAACAAAAAUAACAAACUCCAAGAUGUAAUAGUUACUGGCAUUGUGAACUGAACAUCUUGCAACCAUGAAAAUGUCAACGAAGGAAAAGCAGGUUCAAAACCAAUGCCCCUUAUUCACACCAAGGAAUAUACCACCACGAAUAAACUGCAACCAGACCUGCCAGGGCGUUUACGUGCGACUCAGCCCCUUCUCCUGAAUUCUCCUCGCCCUUUAGGUACAAUCUAGAACCAAAUACUUAGUCGUAUGAGAUAUUUAUAACAAAGAUUAUAUUCUUCUAUGAUAUAUGUCAGAUCAGAAUGCUGAAAUAUAUUACUGUACCUGGAAUGUAAUGUGAUGACGCACACAUACAUGCAUAGAUAUAAUUAUACUGACACACAUACACAUACACAUACACAUUUAUACAUGCAUACAUACAUAUGUUUAUAUAUGUAUAUUUGUAUAUG